AUGUUGAACGACGAGAUCACUGCGCCCGAGUCGCAAUUUGAGAACCUCGGUGAGGUGGUCGACCGCGAUGACGACACUGGUGUUAUGCAGGUGGAGAGUUUGUGUAUGAACUGCCAUGACCAGGGCAUCACGAGACUUUUGCUAUUGCGCGUGCCUUACUUCCGAGAUAUCAUCCUUGAGUCAUUUGAGUGUGAGCACUGUCACUUCAAGGACAACUCUGUCAAGUCUGCCGGUCAGAUCCAGGAACAGGGUUGCAAGUACACCCUCAUCGUCGAGAAUGAGGAUGAUCUCCAGCGUCAAGUCAUUCGCAGUGACCUCUCGAUCUUCAAGCUCGAAUCGCUCGGUAUCGAGAUGCCAAAAGGUGAAAGUCAGUUGACCAACAUCGAAGGUGUGGUCCAGCGCAUUUACGAAUCCCUGAGUGGUGAACAAGAGCUUCGCAAAGAGCAGGCACCGGAGCUCUACGCUGCCCUCGAGCCUAUCAUCGAGAAGCUGAAGGAUAUCAUGGACCGCAAGGGCUUCCCCUUCACUGUUUCUUUGGAUGACCUUACUGGUAACUCCUGGAUUGCGCCCAACACUACCGAUCGUGGCAACAAGUACCGUCGCCAGGAAUACCCUCGAACCCACGAGCAAAAUGAGGACCUCGGCAUCUCCCAGGACCCGAACGCCUCGGAGGCUGAAGCUAAGGAUGUGAAUGAUAUGGGCAACCCUGAAGAUCUGGAUAUCGUUGAUGGCCAGGUAUACGAACUGCCCACUGAAUGCCCUGGAUGCAACAGCUCAGGCGCAGUCACCCGCAUUAAGCGCGUGAACAUCCCACACUUCAAGGAGGUCUACAUCUUUGGAACUAGCUGUGAAGAUUGUGGCUACAAGAGUUCCGAUGUGCGUACCGGUGGUGAAGUCCCCGAAAAGGGCAAGCGGAUUACUUUGCGAGUUGAGAACAUUGUCGACCUGUCCCGUGACAUUCUGAAAUCCAACACAUGUGCUCUGUCCAGCGAGGAUCUUGAAAUUGAAGUGCAGCCUGGCACACUUGGUGGACGUUUCACUAGCGUCGAGGGCUUGUUGACCGAGAUCAAGGACCAGCUCUACGGUCACAUCUUCGAUGCCGGUGGCUCCACCGGUGGCGACAGCAUGCAGAACACAGAAAAGGGGAAGUGGGAGAGGUUCUUCGCCAACCUCGACGCAGCCAUUGCCGGAGAGAAGAAGUUCAGUAUUACUCUUGAGGACCCCAUGGCCAGCAGUUAUGUCCAAGAUCUGUGCUCCCCUGCUGUGGACCCGCAAAUUGACAUCGAAGAAUACGUGCGGACUGCCGAAGAAGAAGAGGAGCUUGGUUUCCACGACAUGAAGACCGAAGGCUACGAGGAGGACGCCAAGAAAGACGAGGACAAGGACGAGGAUAAGGAGAAGGCGACCGCUGCCAUGGAUAACCUGAUCGAGGCUUCCAUGGGCAAUUGA